AUGCAGCAGGACGGGCAGGAACGGGCAGAGGCUGAGCUGCAGGAGGGGCUGGGCACCUUCCAGGAGGGGCUGGGCCCGGCGGAGGCCAUGGCUGUGCUGGCGCUGCUGGAGGAGCACGAGGAGCCCCUGCUGAGCCGCUCCGUGGCCUUUGCCGAGCACCUGGAUCGGGAGCUGCGGGAGCUGGAGGAGGCCAACCUCCACGCCAUCCUCUCCUCGGAGCAGCAGCUGGCCCAGCUGAUGGGCGCCCUUGACGAGGCCCUGGCCGAGGUGGACAGGGUGGAGGAGACCCUGCAGGUGUGUGAGGAGCUGCUGGGGGCUGUGAGGCAGCAGAUGGAUCACAUCCACCGGGAGAGCUCCCUGCUGCACCGCCUGGCCUCCAACAGGAGCAGGCUGAUGGAUGAGAUCCUGUUCCUCACGAGCCAGCUGCAGCUGAGCAGGGAUCACUGUGCUGCCCUGAGCCGGGUGGAUCUGUCCAGCCCCGCGGCCAUCGGAGCCUGCACGGCUGCAGCCCAGGCUCUGUCCUCCUGCCUGGACCUCCCCAUCCACCCCUGUUACCGGAAGCUGCAGGCAGUGGCUGAGCAGCUGAUCCUGUUUGAAACCCUCAAGCAGAACUUUGAGAGCUCCUUCAUCAGCCACAUCACCAACAUCUUCGAGCUGCAGGGCAAUUCCCAGGCCCCUGCUCUUGGUGCCCCCACUGGCACCGUGGCUGCCCCAAGCCACAGACCCCACCACGAGGAGCUGCUGCCCUACGCCCCCCUGAUGGCCUGGCUGAGGAGCACCAACCCUGCUCUGUUCUGGGACCUCCCCAAGGUGUAUUCCCAGAACCUUGGCAGGCUCUACGAGCGGGAAAUCAGGGCCCUUUUUGAGCAGGCCAAGAUGUCCCUGUCAGGAAGAAGAAAAGCAAGUCUGCAGGAAACGUGGGAGAAGCCAGCAGGGAUCAGGCAGCCCCGGUGGAGCCUCCCCUGGAGCAGGGACAGGCAGGAGGACGCCCUGGCCAGGGGCAGCAUGCGCAGGGUGUUGGAGCAGGUGCUGAGCGAGCUGCAGCCCCUCUGCACCUUGGAGCAGCAAUUCCUGCAGGAAUUCUUCUGCCUCGGCUGUGACUCCGUGGAGCUGGAGGUGAGGGGAUCUGCCACUAAGGCAGGAGAGCCCACGGCACCUCCAGAGGACCCUCCUUGCACCAAGAGCCAGAGCCAGCCCAAAGAAGCCACAGCCCAACUGCUGAGUGAGAUCUUCAGCUGCCUGGAGCCAGAGCUGAGGGCAUUUCUGGAUGUCUGCAGCAAGGUUCAGCCCCUGGGCUGCCUGCAGGUCCUGGUGACCCUGAGUGACUCCGUGCUGGGGACCCGGGGCCCUUCCUCAGCUCCCCCCUCGUCCUUCCUCCACACCCUCCUGGGGAAUGUGCUGCUCCUGGCCAAGAGCAACUUCAACAAAUGCAUCGGGACCUUGUGCAAGGAGAUGGAGGAGGCCAAGCCUGCCAGCAGGACCAGAGGGGGGAUCCUGCCCUGUGUCAGCCGCUUCCAGGAGCUGGUGGCCCUCUCUGAGGAGGUGCUCCAGACAUCCCAGCGCCGGGGGGAGCUGGACAGGGCCCAGCUCAGGCUGGCCAGCAGCGUCUUCAGCAGCAUCAGCAGCCUCUCCUCAGCCAACCUGAAGGUGAACACAGAUAUGGUGAUGAUGGAAAAUUUCCACCACAUCCACAACUUCCUGUGCCAAAGGAACAUCCCCUGCCUGGAGGGCAAGAAGAGAGAAGCCAAGCAAAGGUGCAGGGAGCACAUGGAGAAAUACAUCACCACGUACGUGGGCCAGCCCCUGGAGAGCCUCAAGAAUUUCUUUGAGGGGGUCAAAGCCCGCCUGGCUCAGGGGGUGAAGGAAGAGGAGCUCAGCUUCCAGCUGGCCUACAGCAAGCAGGAACUGCGGAAAGUCAUCGAAAAAUAUCCUGGCAAGGAAGUCAAAAGGGCCCUGGAGACCCUCUACAGGACAAUCCACAAACAUCUGUCCCCUGAGGAAAAUCUGCUGCCGGUGGUGUGGCAGGCCAUGGAGCAGGGAUUCAUCCAGCAGUACCGAGAGUUUGAGGAGCUCAUCCAAUGCUGCUAUGCAGGAGCAGGGAUUGCCCUGGACUUCACCAUGGAGGACUUGCUGAGCUACUUCAACUCCAUCACCAUGGCCAACAUGUAGGGAAAUCCCUCUCUGGAUGUUGGGAGCAGCUCAGGAGUCCUUAUCUGCAGCCACUGAGGAGCUGAACACAAAACCAUCCCAAGUUGGAUAUUUGGGUUCCUACCCUGAACUUAAUCCUAAUCUCCGACCUGUUGGUCCUAGACUAAAUCUCUCUUGGGGAAGUGGAGUUGUCAGACCCAAACCACAACUUCCCUGCUCCAGGAAACCAUUUUGCAAUCAGGAAAUGACACUCCAGGCCUCAGAUUUCCCCCUAAGUGAGCGCUGGUGCCGCAAAUACUCAGCAAAACAUUCACAAUUGAAAAAUGUCUUCUCUCCAGGGACUUUCUCCUUUUCUGUGCUCAAAUUUCAGUGAGCCUGAGCUAAACCAGAGGUUAAACCAUAUGGAAACACUCUGAGUGAGAGGUGUUCCCACAUCCAGGUAUCCCAACAGGCACCGCUGCUCCACGGCUCUCCACUGAAAGUCAUCCAGCAGAUGAAAG